GCCGUUGAUCUUUAAGUCAGUCGAGGCUAUGCAGAACUGAUUUACUCAGUAUCUCCUUCUGCAUGCUGGAUGUCCACCUCGUUUGCUGGUGCACUGCGAUCCGUGUAUUCGCAGGCUCGUGCUCGGUGGUACUGACCCCUUUCUGGUAAUGGGUGGAGAAGUUUCACGAAGAGAGAUGGGGGAAAUGUACAUCGUGUUUGGGUUAUUGGCUGUCUCUGUUCUGCCGUAUACAUCUGCACAAAAUACAUACGACAUCUACCCCAUUUCUCUAUCUCAUAACUCGGAAACCGAAAUAUCGUCCCCUAACUAUCCGAUCAACUACGGCGACAACCUCAACAUCCUAUGGCGGGUACAGGCACCCGAGAACUCCGGAGUUGUCGCCACUUUCAACGAUGUUUCCCUCGAAUAUUACUAUGAUAACCUCAUCGUCGGUUUCGGAUCUGGUCCCGAUGGUGCCGGAUCUGGCGUACUGGUCCGGUUUACUGGUACAAAUUUCACGUCUGAAGUAAGAUCCCCUGGUGAUACCAUGUGGAUUUUAUUUACCAGUGAUGUCUCAAAAACAAAUCGAGGAUUUGAUGCGCGCCUGACUGCUGUUGAGCUACCAGUUUGCCAAGGUGAUGAGUUUCAAUGCAGGAGCGGGCUCUGCAUUUCUCCAUCACAAAUAUGCGACGGCUUCAACGACUGUCUGGACUUCUCAGACGAAGAUUCAUGUCCGAUUUGUGAGCCAGUACAGCUAGAGGUUUGCAGGGAAAGACUGGCUUACAACACCACCCUCUUCCCGCAUCGCUUGGCACAAAAUGCACAGGACGCAGAGAGAAACUUUACAGAAAUAGUAUCCAGCAUUUCGUCCUGUCACGAAAAUCUCCUGAGCCUGACUUGCAACCUACUGUAUCCAGAAUGCACCCAUAACGGCCCCGCCCAAAGGGUGUGCUACUCGGAUUGUGUCGCCACCACUGAUGCCUGCCAAGACCCCUUCGAGCAGUCCCUCAACCGUCCCUGGCCCUUUGACUGCUCUCAGUUGACAGACGACUAUGCUGGUGAAGGUCUAUGUUUUGCUGCAGAAGGAGAUCUGCUUGAUACCAGUAUCUGCGGGACACGCCCUGCCUACUCGCUGGGCCAAUCCAGAGUUGUUGGGGGUAUCAAUGCACGCCCAGGGGAAUUCCCUUGGAUUGGAUCUUUGAGGGUAGACGAGGGGUCCGAUAGAGGUACUUUCGCAUGCGGGGCUACCUUGAUUAGCUCACAAUGGGUGCUCACGGCUGCCCAUUGCGUACAAUACUACCUUGAUCGGGUGAUCUUUGGAAUACUUCGGCUGUCAGGUGAGUCCGAGUACGAAGUGAAUGCCGAAGUGGCCGAUAUCAUCAUCCAUCCCGACUACGACGGCGAGACCUUGGACGCGGACAUCGCUCUACUGCGUCUGACUGAGCCGGUGUCUUUCACUGAUUACGUUAGGCCAGCAUGUCUAGCCUCAUCGUCAAAUGAACUGAGUGAUUAUCGUCGAUGCCUCGUUGCUGGUUGGGGGGCUAUCUCUGAAGGGGGAGAUCCUUCGGAGACUUUACAAAAAGCGGUGGUUAACCUUCUGGACCAAGAAAGGUGCAAUUCCGACGUUUCUUACAACGGUACACUGACGGAUAACAUGAUAUGUGCUGGGUACGAACGAGGAAUAAUUGAUACCUGUCAGGGCGACAGCGGUGGGCCUUUGACCUGUGAGGGCGAUGACGGUCGAUGGCAUCUUGUCGGAGCAACAAGCUUUGGAGAUGGAUGCGCAAGACCACUCUUCCCGGGUGUCUAUACCCGAAUCUCACAGUUCCAAGAUUUUAUUACAGCUGUGGUUUCGAAUGCAUACUCACCGGGGAUAUACGAAGUUGACCUUGACAACGGCGUUCCCACAUCCAUCGCGUCUCCGAACUACCCGAUGAACUACGACACCAAUGACGUCAUCGUCUGGAAGAUAUCGGCCCCAGUCGGCCGCAGCGUAAGGCUGGACGUCGUUGAACUUUUCCUAGAGAGCAACUACGAUUAUCUGUACGUGGGCGAUGGACUGUUUCCUCAAAGUUCUACCGAGUUGGCGAGAAUGACGAGUUAUGUCGUCAGCAGGUCUGUGACGUCACUUGGACGUCACAUGUGGAUGAGGUUUGUCAGUGACUACUUAUAUACUGACGCCGGGUUUGAGGUUGAAGUGAACUCCGUGGAUCCAAUAGAUGAUAAUCCAGUCAUAUCCGUCAUGGCCAACAUGCAUACCAACACGGUACAGAUCUCUUCCCCCAAUUACCCUGCCAACUACCCUGCCAACUUUUACGACAUCUGGCGAAUCGUUGCCCCGACCAAUUACACGGUCCUGGCCCUGAUCUUUGAUAUUGAUCUCGGAUCCGAGGAUGGUACCCUGAUCGAGAUAGGCUACGGGACCAGUCCUCACUGGCAAACGAUCCUGCAACCCGUCAUGCAUUCGCUCACCGCUGAUGACGACAUUGUGGGGUUCGUCGUCUCACCGAUCAACUCCCUCUGGAUAAGAUUCCAAACAGGGAAUCAGACAAGCGGAAGGGGUUUCGCCAUGUAUGCACUCGCUGAACGAAUAGCAGAUCUAAAUGAAUGCGAGAGAGAUCCUUGUCGAAAUGGAGGCACUUGCAUGGACCUCAUAGAUGGUUACCAAUGUAGUUGCCUGGAUGGAUACAAAGGAAAGGAUUGUACUCAAGAUAACGAUGAAUGUCGGUAUGAGAACCCCUGCUACAAUGGAGGAUCCUGUAACAAUGAUUUUGGAAAUUUCUCUUGCGAGUGUCCCGAAGGGUACACGGGAUCACUGUGUGAGAUUAACAUUGAUACCAGCAUCACUGUGAUAAGACUUGAAGGGAACGAAACCACCGUCAUAUCUUCACCCGGCUAUCCAUCCUACUACGACUCGAACCUCGACCACACUUGGUUAAUCAUGACUCCAGAGGGUCACAUCCUCCAGGUACAGAUCCUAGACCUGGCCCUAGAGACGGACUACGACUACUUGGACAUUGGUUACGGGCCUGGUCCCAAUGAACCUGGUUCUUGGGAGCUUCAGAAACUGACUGGGUAUAACUAUUCCAGUGAACCCGCUACACCCGGUCACUCUAUGUGGAUCAGGUUUACCACGGAUGUCUCAAGGGGCGAUAUCGGCUUCAGUCUUCGUGUCACAGCUAUACUAAACCCUGGAUGCAGCAGCGGACAAAUCCAAUGUUCAAGUGGAUUGUGUAUCAGCGAAUCGGCAAGGUGUGACGGAAAUAAUGACUGUCUCGAUUUCUCAGAUGAGGAAUACUGUCCGUACUGCGAACAAGUUCAAUUUGACAUAUGUAGACAGAACCUGGCCUACAAUUUGACGUUUUUCCCGAAUCGGAACGCAGAGACAGCGGACGCUGCGGCGGGAAACUUUACAGAAAUUGAAGCUGCUAUAUCAUCGUGCCAUGAUCACCUGUUCCCUUUCAUGUGCUCCGUUUACUAUCCGGAAUGCACCCAUAACGGCCCCACCCAUCGGUUGUGCUACUCCGACUGUUUGGCAGUCACUGAUGCCUGCAAGGCAUCCUUUGAGCAACUCCUCGACCGUCCUUGGCCCGUCAACUGCUCCACGUUGAACGAUGAACAGGAGGAAGAUGGGAGCUGUUUUGGCCCUGCGGGAGAUCUUUUCGAUACCAACAUAUGCGGGACACGCCCUGCAUACGCCCCAAACCAAUCCAGGGUUGUUGGUGGUAUCAACGCACGCCCAGGGGAAUUCCCUUGGAUUGGUUCACUCCGCAUCGAAGGAUUGGACUUUGGAGGACAUUUGUGUGGGUCUACAUUGAUCAACUCUCAGUGGGUUCUUACCGCAGCUCACUGCGUUUAUUACUACGUCGAUCGUGUGGUUUUUGGGAACGCACAUUUGACAGAUGACUCCGACAACGAGGUAUCUGUCGAGAUGGCUGAUAUUUUCGUCCAUCCCGAGUACGACCCCUAUUUCCUCCUCAACGACAUCGCUCUGAUACGCCUUGCUGAACCGGUGACAUUCAGUGACUACGUUAGACCCGCGUGUCUGGCGGAAUCCUCGGAUGAACUCAAGGACUAUCGUCGCUGUCUCGUUGCUGGAUGGGGAGCUACACAGGAAGGCUCACCGUUGACAGUGAGCUUAAAGAAAGCAGUGGUGAACCUCCUUCAUCGAGACUCGUGCAAUUCUGAACUUUCCUACAACGGGAAUGUGACAGAAGAAAUGAUUUGUGCUGGAUAUGAACAGGGCGGCAUUGAUACUUGUCAGGGAGACAGCGGUGGGCCUUUGACCUGUGAGGGUGAUGAUGGUCGAUGGCAUCUGGUAGGAGCAACAAGCUUUGGAUAUGGAUGUGCAAGACCACUCUUCCCGGGUGUCUAUACCCGAAUCUCACAGUUCCAGCCAUUUAUUACAGCUGUGGUUUCAGGAGCAAUAACACCAGGUAUUAAUGAAAUCACCCUUGAGCGUGCCGUCCCAGUGACCAUCACUUCUCCAAACUACCCUUCUGACUACAACAUCGGUGAUAACAUCGUCUGGAAAGUAUCGGCUCCUGUCAACCACAGCGUCAGGCUGGACAUCGUCGACUUCGCUACCGAAUUAGACUUCGACACCUUGUUUGUGGGCGAUGGACUGACGCCACUGAGUUACACAGAGCUUGCGAGGCUCACGGGCUAUGGGUUAAGGUCAACUGUGACGUCACAUGGCCGCCAUAUGUGGCUCAAAUUCUCCAGUAGUUACGAACUUACUGACGUUGGAUUCAUGGCAACACUGAACGCUGUGGAUCCGAGAGAUGAUAAUCCUCUAAUCUUGGUGGACGAGUCUACGGUCCAACAACUCCGCUCACCAGACAUACCUCUUGAUGCAAGCGACAGCGUGCACGAGAUUUGGCGGAUAAUGGCUCCUCGGGAUCACAGCGUGAGGGCGCGUUUCGACUUCUUCAACCUCACCGAAUCUUCUUCGCUCACCGUGGGCUACGGCUCGAGUCCUAUAAGAUUCACAAUCCUAGUGGAGUUGACUGGAAGUGAAUUGCCUGAAGAUAUUACCUCCCCCACUCGAGAAUUGUGGUUUAGAUUUGUGUCGGAUACUGGGGACUCCAGUAGAAGGAAACGAAGAGAGGCGUGUUCGCUUAUGGGAAGUGGAUUCUUGGUGAACCUAACAGCAGAAAGGACCGAAGAUAUCAACGAGUGCCUGAGUAACCCUUGUCAGAAUGGAGGCACGUGUUCAGACAGCCUUGGAGGCUUCCAGUGCUUCUGUCCUGAAGGCUUCAAAGGGGAUUACUGUCAAACAGAUGAGUAUGAGUGUCAGAGCGAUCCGUGCCAAAACAAUGCUACCUGCGAAGAUGGAAUAAACACUUUUACUUGCCAAUGCCCCUAUGGUGUCACUGGAUUGUAUUGCGAGACUAUCUUAGAUGUAUGUAUUGGAGAUCCCUGUAUGAAUGAUGCUACAUGCAUGGAAGUAGGCCAAGGAUACCAAUGUCAGUGUGCCUCUGGUUUUACAGGUUCACGUUGCGAAACAGAAUUUGCAUGCAGCAGCAAUCCGUGCCUAAAUGGAGGGUCUUGUAUACAGAGCGGGUCCGUGUAUGCGUGUCGCUGUGCUACAGGCUAUACCGGACAGAACUGUGAAAGUAUAGUGAUAGAUCCUUGUCAGAGUAACCCUUGCGAUGGUGCGGCUAUGUGUGAAGUAUAUUACGGGGGCAGUUAUAGAUGUGUGUGCAGACAGGGCUUUACAGGGUACAACUGUGAUAUUGGUAAGCUUAUGAAUCUACACAUAACCAACAGAUCAAAUUUAUUACUUACGGGUUGA